GGGAGAAGAGCAGCCAAGGACUCUUUAGUAAAUUCUAGAUGUGUCCCUUAAUGGAAAGAAGAUUUUGCUUCUGCUGGAGAGUGAAGCUGUCUGGAUAAGCAUAGCUAUAAGGAGGACUGGUGGAGAAAUGCAAGUACAGUAUACCUGCUGUGCUGGCUGAAGGUGAAGGCAUGGCGAGCACCUCGCUGAAUGCUGCUAACACAGCUGCCUCUCAGAACCUUCGGAAGGGGUCUGGUUUUGUAGAAAAUAAACCCACACAGUGCUCAUUUUCCAUUGAAAGUAUUCUGGGACUGGAGCAGAAAAAAGAUGGUAUUCCAGCUGUGAAACCUCACAGACCAUGGAUGGAGGCAUGCACCAACUUGGUUUUAGGUGAUGACAGUAAUCCCCAUCUGCAAGUCCCUGUUGUUUGCUAUGAAAAUCCAUUAUUUCAUGCUAACAGUAAUCCAGUGCAAGAGGAGAAAGUUCUGAAAUGUGAAAAAUAUCUUUCAGUCACCGACAGGCUUUCUUUCAAACGAGAAUUGAGCUGGUACAGGGGUAGAAGACCAAGAACUGCAUUCACUAGAAACCAGAUUGAAGUCUUGGAAAAUGUUUUCAAAAUGAACUCUUACCCUGGCAUUGACAUUAGAGAAGAGCUGGCUCGCAAGUUAGAUUUAGAUGAAGACAGGAUCCAGAUCUGGUUCCAGAACCGUCGUGCAAAGCUGAAAAGAUCACACCGGGAAUCUCAGUUUCUAAUAGCGAAAAACACUUUUACCUCCAGCCUGCUGGAGUAGAAAGAAGGAUGGUUUGUUGUACUACAAUACGACAUGAAGAAUUAUUGGAGUUUUCAUAGCUUGUAUUAAGUAAUUAUGAUAGAUUAAUUAUGAAUUAUUAUAUCAAGAUUUCAAAGUUUAUAAUAAUUUUAAUUCAAAUAAACUGUAAAUACUUGAA